AUGGCAAUAAAUUGGCAUUCUCGAGCAGCUAAAUUAUUCCCAGAGUUAAUUCGUGAUCUUAAAACUUUCACGUAUAAUCUGGAAUCAACUGUGUCCGCUAGAUUUUAUGGCAUGCCUAAAAUUCAUAAAUCUCCAAUGGGCCUCCGUCCUAUCGUUUCCUCUAUGAAUUCGCCCUUUCACGAGUUUUCUAGAUGCUCUACCAGCCGGGUGUUUUUUUUGGUAUCUUGGGAUCCUCAAGCACUUUAUACAUCCUUACCAAGUGACACAUGUUUAUUAGCCAUUUCCUGGUGGGUACGCGAUAAUAACUACCGAUAUAUUAUUCUCGAUGGGUUAAAACUCCUCAUGACACAUAACUGGUUUGAAUUUGGUGAUUCAUUUUGGUGCCAAACUCACGGUGCAGCGAGGGGGGGCCCUGUCGCUCCACCCUAUGCAAACCUUUUUUAG